ACAGCAGCGAGCUGACUAUUGAGUCAGAGAGGGCAUCCUCAGAUAAAGUGCUGUCAGCUUGUCAGGCUUCAUGAAUGAGCAGCUGGACUUUAAUAAUAAAAGUGAUAUUAUCAGUGCACUGAAUUACAUACUGCCUUUUAUCUCAGAGGGAAAUGUAGGAGAUGUGGAAUCAACAUUAUUACCAUUCAUUCAACGUCUUUUUUCAAAUACACAAGAUGGAGAUAUGCCACUGGGCAUUUUGAAAAUCAAUACAAGGAGCCCUUCUGUUAAAGCUGUAUCCAGCAAUUCAACUAAUAAAAAUAAAUGGAAGAAACUUCACUUUCUGGAAAAUUUGUUAGAUGCAGAAACUGAAGAAAAAUUUGAUGAGGUUAAAAAGGAAGAUAAACCUGCCACGCAUACGCGUUCCAACCAUUUAGGUGCCAUGUUUAAACUCUACAUCUUUCAAAAGAAAUUGGAAGCUGCCCAACCAGAGAAAGACAGCCUAGCAAAGAUUGAGAGUACAGAGAAAAAGCUGCUGAGAGUGAACAGGGUCCUCAGGGGCCCAAGGGGCAUACAGAAAAUGCACCUCAAAGCAGUGGGAGAUGAGAGCGUCAGGAGGAAACGGAAUGCCCAGCAAUCUGUGGCGAACACUGCCGAAGAAAGAAGGCUCAGGAGGCCAUCCCCAAGAAAGCUGAAACAGCUUCUCAUGGUGCAGAGGCCCAGGAAGCUGGUGGGAAAGUCGUCCAAUGCAGAGUCUUCAUUCAUAAAGGAACCCAAGGCAGCAGGCUCCUCUUCCCUGAAACAGUACUUCAAGGGCAGGCCUUUUGCCUCCAUCCGUCCAAAAUCCCCAUCUGAGGUUAAAAGCAAAUCAAAAGACUUAUCCCACACUAUUUUUGUUUAAGAAGCUGUAAAGGCUAGAGUUAGAA